AUGAAUAUUCAUCGCGCGCUACCAGUUCGCGUUCUCGAUCCAGCUCAUCCAGCUAUCUAUCUUUCUGAUGGAAACGAGCGACGAACAGGAGAAGAAGAGGAAGAAGAAACGGAAACGGAGACGAAGGUAGGUAGGCGAGGGCACGCAGCCGAAGACGCGGGGGAAACGGUUCUUGGCGAGGCUGGAGGAGGCAAGAGGGUACUGCGAGGCGGGUCGAGGGAACAGGACGAAGAGAAUGGAGGCGGAAAAUGCGAGAAACAAAGAGGAGAGCGAGGAGACGACGAGAAGGAGAAAGGCAGAGCUCCUCUAGGGGUCUCGAUGCGAGACAAGGAGGCGAACGGGGGCAGAGUAAAACGGGCAAGAGAGAAGAACGCGCAGAAGGGCAGAGAGAGCAACGGAGGAGAAAAGGAGAGUGGGAGUUGCCAAGAUGGCGCCACGAAGAGUAGCAGUGGUCGGAGGUAG